CUGCUUGUAAAAAUGGGCUAUACAAAUAAAGUUGUCUUGUCUAGUCUUGUAUAUUCCAGAUGGAGAUGGAGUAUAUCCAUUCAGCGUGUUAUUUAUAUCAUACAGCUUUUGGCAGCAGACAAAACUUUCGUUGGUUUACUAGAGCUGAUUUUAAGAGCAUUUUACAGUCUCCAGACUGGCAUGGCAGCCCACUAGACUUCGUGUCAUCCAUAAACCCACCAGAGUUAGCCUUCUCCUCGACCCCUCCCCGUGUGUGACUACAGUGUGUCACACUGGUGUGUGUGUGUGUGUGUGUGUGUGUGGAGGGGGGGGGGGGUGAAAGUUCACCAGCAUGGCUCUCCCGUAUCGAGUCACAACGUUUGAGAGUUAGAUUCUACAGAAGGCUUCGGGCCAAACCAGAAACAAGACGCCAGUCGAAGAAAUCAGAAAUGACUAGUGAUGGGGUUCCAGCGCUGAGCCAGGGCGACGACGAGGAGGACAAAGCUGGAAAUUAUUACAGCGACGAAGAUGACCUGGAGGCGUUUUCCGACACCGAGCUGGGCUGUGAGGACGGAGUGUUGGGCUUCAGCGAUUCCCUGAAUGGAGAGGUCAAACCUCGUAUACUGUUGAUGGGCCUGCGGAGGAGUGGGAAGUCCUCCAUCCAGAAAGUGGUUUUCCAUAAAAUGUCACCCAAUGAGACCCUUUUUCUGGAGAGCACCAAUAAGAUCUGCAGAGAGGACGUCUCCAGCAGCUCCUUUGUCAGCUUCCAGAUCUGGGACUUCCCCGGUCAGAUCGACUUCUUCGACCCCACCUUUGACUAUGAAAUGAUCUUUCGAGGCACUGGAGCACUAAUCUUUGUUAUUGACUCACAGGAUGACUAUGUGGAGGCUCUGAGCAGACUGCAUCUGACAGUGACCAGGGCCUACAAAGUCAACCCAGACAUCAACUUCGAGGUGUUCAUUCACAAAGUGGACGGCCUGUCAGAUGACCAUAAGAUUGAGAAGCAGAGGGACAUUCACAAACGAGCCAAUGAUGACCUUGCAGACGCCGGCCUGGAACGAAUACACCUGAGCUUCUAUCUGACCAGUAUUUACGACCACUCCAUAUUCGAGGCUUUCAGUAAAGUGGUCCAGAAGCUCAUUCCACAGCUGCCUACACUGGAAAACCUGCUCAACAUUUUCAUAUCUAACUCAGGUAUUGAGAAGGCCUUCCUGUUCGAUGUGGUCAGUAAGAUUUACAUUGCCACAGACAGCAGUCCAGUGGACAUGCAGACAUAUGAACUGUGCUGUGACAUGAUCGAUGUGGUCAUUGACAUCUCCUGCAUCUAUGGUCUGACCGACAGUGAAGGUGGUUUACCGUAUGACAAGGAGUCUAUGGCGAUCAUCCAUUUGAACAACACCACAGUCAUGUACCUGAAGGAGGUCACCAAGUUCCUUGCCAUUGUCUGCUUCCUCCGCAAGGAAAGCUUUGAGAGGAAAGGACUGAUUGACUACAACUUCCACUGCUUCAAGAAUGCCAUCCAGGAGGUAUUUGAUGUUCGAGUGAAAGUUCAACAAAACCGGAAACUCCUCAGUCAGAGGAGAUGGAGCAAACUGACUGUGUCCAGUGGAGUGCUCAGCAACCCCCACUGAGGGUUAAUGACAUCAUCAGACAAUCAAAUGACAAAUCCGGAACACUUUAUCCUUAAUUUAAAGGAAAGCCUUAAGUGUUUUCAUAUUACUGGGCAUUGUUUGGUCUCUUUUACCCACGCUGACUCUCACUUCUGUCCUCCACUGCCUCCAUAGACCAUAAACUGUAUAUAACCAGGCUGAAUAGAUUUACUAACCUUUUUCUCUUCAAGUAGUCUCCAUGGGAAAUACAUUGAAGAUUUAUUGAUUCAUUCUGUAAGAGGUGAGGGUAAUCUGCUUAAUAUGGAACAGAUG